AUGGAAAACGUAAUUGAAAAAAAGCGAUUGGAUAUUUCAGGUAUUGUUCACAAAGAUUUGAGAGGAGCCCAUACUCCUGGGAACAGAAAAACCGACGAUGAAAUUGACAUUGUUUGGAAUCAUUUAUUGUCCAUACCGACUUAUGAGAGUCAUUAUUCAAGACGCGAUUUAAAAUUAAAAUAUCCAGAAAAACCUGUAUCUCGUAGAACAUACGAAAGAGAGUUUCAUAAAUUAGACAUAAAGAUUAAACAACCUAAUAAAGAUACUUGUCAGACAUUCGAUAAGCUUGCUAGGGAAAUUGACUUGAAAGUGGACAAAACCGCACUAAAAGAGCAACUAGACUUACAUCAUAUUAAAGCAUAUUUGGCAUAUAAAUCUAAAGCCAAUGACAAAGAUUUAUCAAAGAAUGAUCCAAGCCGACAAACUAUCACAUUUGAUAUGCAACAGUGUCUUCCAACACCAGUUGUUAAAAGUUCUCUGGCAUUUUAUAAAAGACAGUUAUGGACAUUCAACUUUACUGUACAUGACUGUGAUUCCGAAAAAGCCCAUUGUUAUAUGUGA